AAUGUCAAAAGUGACUAACCAAUCAAAGAAUUUGCCAUAAGUUUACUCGUGUGAAUUUUUUCUGUAGCUUUUGUAAUUUUAAAAAUAAACAAACAAUUAGUAACCACAAACCAUGGCGGACAAUGAUUUGGAUGCUUUACGCGCCGACCGUUUGGCACAAUUACAGCAGCAAUAUGGUGGUAGCGGCGGCAAUAAUGCGGAAAAACAACAAGCACAACAAGAGCAGAUGCGUCAGCAGGAAGAAAUGAAGCACUCGAUACUCUCGCAAGUGCUAGAUCAGCAGGCACGCGCACGACUGAAUACUUUAAAAAUCAGCAAACCUGAAAAAGCGCAAAUGUUCGAAAAUAUGGUAAUACGCAUGGCACAAAUGGGCCAAGUACGUGGUAAGCUGGAUGAUGCUCAAUUUGUUAGCAUACUCGAGAGCGUAAACGCUCAAAUGCCACAGACUAAAUCGACAGUUAAAUACGAUCGAAGACGUGCUGCCAUUGACUCAGAUGAUGAUGAUUAUGGUUGCUGAUUUUUCGACCACCACAAAUGACAAUGGUGUAAAAUCUACUCCAAGAAACAUUAUAGUGAAAACGUGUUUAUUUAAAAAUGAAUUUCAUGCUACAUUCGCUUAGUUGCAAAAACUGAUUUAUAUUAAGACUUGACAAAUUAAGUUAUUGCAUUUCUAAGUUGAAGUCGCUUUGAAUAUUUUUAAAUAUGUAUUUAUUAAUCAUUUUUCGCUUACAUUAACGUUUAACAUCCUAAUGCAAAAUAAAUUGGAUUAAUUUUGCUAGAGCUAUUUGAAAAAAAUAAAAGUGCAAAAUUUAACAUCUUGAUAAGAUUAAAAUUUUUUUAAAUUAAUUUGCCUACACGAAGUUUAUAAUAAUAAAACAAUGUAAAGGCACAUCCUUGGUAAGCCUUUAGGUCCAACCUUCUCCAAUUAUAGUGCGCAAUAUGCUGUUGUAUUAUAAAUUAAGGACUACGUUACGCCAGCGAACGAUAGCUUGCUUUUCAUGACACAAACAUAAUUUUAGGUUCAGCAAUGCCUACCGAACGGACGUUAUAGAAAACAAAUACUUUUGUUGUCAAAUGUAAAAAAGUUAAAUGUUGUCUAAAAUCUUAAACAUUAACCUGUUAAGUGACUAUGUCGUAUAUAUGCGUCAAUUUCAAAAGUUUUUUUUUUAGUUAAUGUCGUAUAUGUGCGUCAUGUCGAAAAAGGAAAAGUUAAGCAAAACACGAAAAUUUCCCUGUUAUUUUGACAUUAUAAAGUAAGCAUGAACACUGAAUUUCCUGAUAAUCGUUCAGCCAACGUGUACCCAAUAUUUGGCUGAAAAGCGGUU